AUGUCUACUGUUGAAAUUAUCGGUGCGCGUAAAACACUUUGGUGCAUUACUAGAAACAAUAAAUCUAUUUUCAAAGCUACCGCAGGAGUAGACAAUGAUAUUUACGAUCUUAAAGAAAUUAUUGCAGAAAAAAUUCCUAACAAAAUGAAGCAGAAAAGGUUGGAAAUGUUUUUUACCAAUGACGCAGGAAGCAAUAUUCGAAUUAUAGUUGGAUUAUCAGUUAACACCGAUGAACAUCAAG